GGGGAGCGUAAGCACCGAGUAGCCCGGGGCUGGUGGCGUCUCCUGCUCUCCGGGGCGGGGAGUCCCCUGCCGGCCGCGGAGGCCACACCCAGGCCCCGCCAGCCCGGCGCUUUCCAGAGCUCAGCAGGAACUCGCUGCUUGAACCCGUCCAAGAACGAGCGAAUGAAUGACCCUUCGGCCAGGAUGGGGACUCCUGGGCCCCAGGGAGCUGCGGACCCCACCGACUGCCCCCGCAGCCUGGGGCGCACCGGACCCUUUCCGCGCGAAGUGGGGCGCGGGGCUCCCCUGGCUCCGGGCGGCCGGGGCGCCGCGACGGCGGGGGCGAGCGGAAGCCGGGGCGGCGACGGCGGCGGCGGCCACGAGGACCGGGCAGCGGGUCGGACCCCCGGACCGCGAGCCAGAGAGGAUUUGGACCGUGACUCCUGGGUCCGAGAGAAGGUGCUCUUUCUCCUGCACCCGGAGAGGUGGUUGGGGACUCCAGGGGACCGAGGCGCACGGGACGAGGUGGCCGGCGGGGAGGGCCUUCCUCGGGCGGGCGGAAACCACCGCGACCAGGAACCCGACUGCCCUUCUCCUGCUUUGCAAGGAGAAAAGCGACUUUACGGCGGGCGCGUGGCCGCUCCCCCCGGGGCCCCGCCGCGGGUCCCCGCGGCCCCCGCGAAGUCCGUGCUCGUGCGGGUCGUGGACUAUCAGGUGACGCAGGAAGUGCUGCAGACCGCGUGGACGAAGGGCCGCAUGACCAGGAGGACCGAGGAGCGUUCCGUGACCGCGGUCACUUUCCGCGCCAGUACGGAGUGAGACGGCCUGUCUGGUGGUGUGGUGGCUCCGGGACUUGAACCCGGGGCUCUCCAGGCUCCCAGAGAGGCGCCCUCAAGAGGAGUCUCUCUGUCUCCAGCGACAGGAUGCCCGCAGGAGCUUAAACUCUUCAAGGAGAGGAGCCCGAGGAAUGUUCAGGACUAGUGGAUGAGUGAUAAUCCUUUAAAGAAAAUGCUACUACUGUGGGAACUCCAACCUGCAAUUAGCUGACAGAAGGAACCUUUUAAGAAGAGGCUGGCGCAGCUGCGCUUCAGGGAGGCAGAUGACACCCAGGACAGCUUGAAGAACUGUAAGCAGAGUAAGACUACCUCCUUUGGGGCUUAAAUACCGUGACGGUCUGGGGGACCUAAGUCAUUCGGAAGAGGGCGAGAAAGGAUAUGUUCAAAUGGGCAGAAUGUGGGAGUUUUCAAGUGAGAAAACGUGUUGUCGAUUGGCAUUUUCCGAUAGCUUUCCAAUUGAUCUCCCCUGGCCGCCUUUCUCCAAAAUUUUUCUUGUCACUCUUUUCUGAUGUGCAGAGUUUUCUAUUUUCUCCCCACAUUUCAGUGUUAGGAAGAAGAGAGGAGCUAAAGGGAAGAAGGAGUUGGGGACAGAACACAGAGUUGAAGGUGAAAUUCCAUUUAAAAGAGCUUCACCCCAAGGGAUAUCGAAUGUAGUCCACUAAAAAUGCCCUUAAUGUGGAAUUUUUGAUUUUAAUGUCAAAAAUACUGCUUAUAAAUCUUCUGAUCUAAAAGUAGAUAGAAAAGUAUAGUUUGCCGUAAAAUGAUUGCAUGUCUUACUCCUGUCCAUAGGUCUUUAUUAAUGAGAUUUGUAUGGAUUGAUAAUAUCUCUCUCCUGGUGUUACUGAAACAACUUAUUUUUCUUAUUUUAUUUAUUCAUUUUUUUUAUUAAACACAAUCUGUAUUAACUCUUUAGUAGCUGGCCUAGUUGGAGCUCUCUGAGAAGCAAUGCGUCCCUCCAGAGGUGAACUGCUUGAUCUUACCACUACUGAAGGAGUAUUUGGUUACUGCAAGAACUAACAAAACAAGUGGGACUCUGGCUUUCGAUGAGUAAAAGGGUUGAAGAGUGCCUCCUAUCCUUGUCCUUCCCCUUUGCUCUUAUUUUUAUUUUAGAGCUUGAAAUAUCCUCAAAAGAUCAUCUGAUCCACCUCCUGCCCGGCCAGAUAGGUAAGGUUUUCCUGAGCCAAGCAGAACCCUGUCCUGUGAGGAGCCUGAGGAAUCUUUUCUCUUUCUCAAGUGUCUUGGGAGUGCAUCCAAAGUGAAACUCUGAAAAUCUCUGAGAGUGACUGAGUCUUAGCUCUUUGAUCUUCUCUACCUCACUGAAAAAAAUAAAAAUUGUGUUAGGUGAAUGAAUCACAUCAAAGCCUUCCAGAAGCCACCUGGCCACCCAAGUGACCCAGUGACCCUAAGACAAAUGUCAGUGUCACAUGACCACCAUGGAGCAGGCAAAUGUUCCCCCCCUUAAAACCCUUUGUCCACAACCCUAAUCACAUUUGAGAUUCAUUACAUUUGACUUGCUGCUUUUAUUCUUCUUGGACAUUACCAGUACUUGGUGAUAAAGCUUGAUAUGGCUCUUUGCUUUAAAAAAAAAAAGAAGAAGAAAAAGCUUUUGUUAAAAGGAUAAGUUAUACUCACUGCAGAAAAAUUGGGGAUUUUUGUGGGGAAAAAGAAAAGUAGAAUAAAAGAAACAAAAACUU